GUCAGCAUGAAUCUCUUGUCAUUUGAGUCCAUCUGUAUUUUCCUGCUUUCCCAAGCUUUGGUGGUGUUGGGUAUACAACAAAUCCAUGUUGGCCAGGAGAUGAUUGGCAAGAUCUCAGCUGCUGGCCAGUCAAUGCGGUGCUCUGCCUCAUUAGAUGUCCUUUUCCUCCUGGAUGGCUCCUACAGCAUUGGCAAAGGAAGCUUUGAAAGGUCCAAGCACUUUGCAGGCAAGCUAUGUGAUGCCUUCGACAUCCAUCCAGACAGAGUCCGUGUGGGAAUGAUACAGUUUAGCUCAACUCCCCACCUUGAAUUCUCACUGGAUUCUUAUCCAACCAAACAAGAAGUGAAAGAGAGAAUCAAGAGGACUGUGUUCAGAGGUGGGAGCACAGAGACAGGUCGGGCUCUGAAGUACAUUCUCCACAAAGGUUUCCCUGGUGGCAGAAACUCAAGUGUCCCUGAAGUCCUGAUCAUCAUUUCGGAUGGCAAGUCCCAGGGCAGCACUGCAGUUCCUGCAAUGAAGGUGAAGGAGAGACACAUCACAGUUUUUGCAGUGGGAAUCAAGUUUCCAAGGUGGGAGGAGCUGCACUUGCUGGCCAGUGAGCCCCCUGAGCGGCACCUGCUCUUUGCUGGAGAUGCUGAAGAUGCUGCCAAUGGCCUGUACAGCACCUUGAGUGACCCUGUCUGCUCUGCCACGGCUCCAGGCUGCAAAGUUGAGUCCCACCCUUGUGAACGAAGGACCUUGGAGACUGUGAAAGAGCUGGCUGGCAACUAUGUGUGUUGGAAAGGCUCAGAGCAGCCCAAUGCAGUGCAGGCUUCGCUGUGCCCUUUCAUCAGAUGGAAGCGAGUCUUGAUAAAACACCCAUCCAGAUGCUUCAGAACUGUAUGUCCAGACCCUUGUGACUCCCAGCCAUGCCAGAAUGGUGGCACAUGUGUCCCAGAGGGACUGGACAGAUACCACUGCCUCUGCCUGCUGGGGUACGAAGGAGACAUCCACUGUGCAGCAAAGCUGAGCCUCGAGUGCAGUGUGGAUCUCCUUUUCCUGAUGGACAGCUCAGCAGGGGUCACACUGGAAGGGUUCCUGCGCUUCAAGGCUUUCCUCAAGAGAUUCCUCCAAGCCAUGGUGGGCCAGGACUCACCAAUGAGUGUGGGGGUGGCUCAGUACGAUGAUGAUGUCAGGAUACCCAUUGAACUGGGACAACACAAGGACACAUUCAGUCUCAUGAGGAGUAUUGAUGCCCUGAAUUUCAGUGGAGGAAGAACCCUGACAGGCAGAGCCCUGCAACACAUUGCACAGCAUGGUUUUAGGAGUACCCCAGUGUUAGCGGAUGUGCAGGAUGAUCUCCCUCGUGUGGUUGUCCUGCUCACUGACUCCAAGUCCCAGGACUCAGUGGCAGAAGCUGCUAGGUAUGCGAAGGACCAGAAUCUCUUCUUGAUUGGUGUAGGCAGCAGCUUCAUGAGAGCAGAGCUGGCCAUGGUGACUGGCAAUCCACAGCAGACCAUUGUCUACUCAGACCCUCAGGACCUGUUCAACAGGAUGCCAGAGCUGCAGAGAAAAAUCUGCAGUGUGGGCAGUCCUGAAGGCUGCCAGGCCCAGUCUCUUGAUUUGGCAUUUGCUGUGGAUGCCUCGUCUGGAGUUGGCCUGGAGAACUUUCUGCGUCUGAGGCACUUUGUCAGGAGCAGCUGCUUGCACUUCAUCAUCGACAGGGAUGUCACCCAAGUUGCCCUGGUGAUCUAUGGCAGCAAAGCUCACACGGCAUUUGCUUUGGACACCCACACAAGCAACUCUGCUGUUCUCCAGGCCAUCGACCAGGUGCCUUUCCUUGGGGACUCAGCCUCUGCUGGCAGCGCCUUGCUGCAUGUUUACAGUGAUGUAAUGGCUGUGCAGAAGGGGGCAAGACCUGGUGUCAACAAGGUGGUGGUGCUGCUCACCAACGGAGGUGGCAUGCAGGAUGCAGCUGCCCCAGCUCAGCAGCUGAGGCACAAUGGCAUCCUGGUGUUCGUGGUUGUCAUUGGGGACACAGAGAGGGACACACUGCUGAGAGUUGCUGGGUCUCCCAGCUACCUGGUUCACAUCUCCUCCUAUGAAGACCUGCAGUAUUACCAAGGCCUUAUCAUCGAAAGGAUCUGUGAAGAAGCAAGAAGCCCUGUAAACCUGUGCAAGCCCAACCCCUGCAUGAACCAGGGUGUGUGCAUCCUUGGGCCAGGGAGCUACCGCUGUGAGUGCCACGGCUGGGAAGGACCCCACUGUGAGACCAGAGUUCUCCGAGGUGAUUCUCCGAGAUCUCCAGCCCUUCCUCCACGUUCCCAUGUGCAGUGGAGUCCAAGGGGUUUGCAGCACUUCUCCAGAGCCCUGCAGCACAGCAAAAGGCAAUUGGAUCAGAGGCAUUGA